CCUAGGUACUUAGAUGAAAUGAGUAAAAUAUUUUUUCAUUCCUUCCUGUGGAUCGAGUGGUUCGAGGAUUCAAGCAUUGUGUCUGUCUACCUACCUACCUUAGUAAGUACCCCUGGGCAGACAUGGUAGGUACAACACCUGCUAGGUAGGUAAAAUUACUCGCCGCAAGAGAAUCCCUAGAGAUCCCUCUAGAGAUUAAGCCCCCGAACCCGAAAACCCCAUACUCAGAAGCCUAGAUGAUCUUUUACUGUGCCGCGAAGCAAUGGCGAAGAGGGUGCAGCGAGCGAGCUCGAAGAAUAUUAUGAGUCUCGAAAUUAUGCAUAUAUGUAUAUAAAUCCACGAGACCCUGACUUGGUCCCAGUAUUCAAGUCUCUUGACGACUACCUUCCUCCUCGCUAAUGCCGCUCCCGGCUCUGUACCCUCAGACCUGAUACUUUCCCGGGCCGCUCCUCCUGUAUCACAGUCCCAGCAGUGCAGACUGAACCCGGACAUAUGUACAAAGUGUGAUCUGAAGAACGCAGACAUCACCAAGUACCGAGAGUUCAUAUGGGAGGACACGGGGCUCGGGGUCGGCAAGUUCCUUGACGACUGGGUGAAGAAGAACGGCGAGAAGCAGUGGUUCAGCAGGAUGGACAAGGCCUUUGCGGGCGCGGAAGUGGCCCCUGAGAACUACUGCGACACGCUGGGGGGCGGGAAGUGCGACUCCCCGCAGCGCUGCUCUUCUUUCAAGGACACGCGCAUGUACUGGAUCCGCAUGGCGGCCAAGGCGCACUACGAAGUGCUGCAAUAUCUGAGCACGUGGAUGGUGACGAAGACCGUCACCGAGAUGCUGCAUAUUCCGCAACUCCUCAACGCGUUCAGGCCCGGCAGGAAGGGCGACGUGUCACCCAUCCCGUCUCUCAUCUCCGGUAUAUUCGUGGUGCUCGCGGCCCUCGCUUCGGGAAACGCACUGCUCGGCGGUAUCUUCACCGGCAUAUUGGGUGUGAUCAACUUGGGCGUUUCCGGAACCGCGCAGCACCGGCUCACGGGCGAGCCGACGGACCAGGAGGUGGAAGACGCGGUUAAGGGGGCGCUGGAGAGCACGUUCGAGUCCGGCAUAGACUCGCUGGAGUCUCUGGGUAGGUUAGCGAUGAAAGGGUUUGACCCCAGCAACUCUAAGCUGUCGACCAAGGACCUGCCGAACCUGAAGGGCAGUGGCCGCAGCACCAACGUUGGCAAGUACUUCGACAAGGGGCGCUUCCUGGUCAUGGACAUCGACUCGGAAAUGUCACCCCUGAAAGAAAAAUGGGGCCUCAACCUCCGGCGGUCGAUGGCAGUCCAGACUCUGCGGCAGUUUGGCUACUUCAUCUACAUCAACACGGCGAUCAAGUCCGAGAAGGACUGCCUCGCCGAGGGCAAGCGUUUCUGGAUCCAAGGCGGGUGCGCGGACCUGUGGAUGCGCAACCAGCGCAACGACUACCUGACCGCCGACGGACAACAGGAAGCCAUCAUCGACAAGAUGAUGGACCCGAACAUCGGGGCGCUGGACGUGGGGCUCAUGUACAACAACGCGAUCGACUGCGCGCGCAAGCACCCGGACUCGAGCGGGCAGGUCGACAUGAAGAACAAGGACAUCACGGCGCACACGCCCGAGUGCCUCUACAACAUCGGCGUCUUCAAGGGCUUCUCCCACUGGGUUAGCAAUCUUGAUCGCUGGCUGCUCUGCCCAGAGAAGGACGUCGACUGGGAUGUCAACACGACGGGGACGAAGUACUCCAAGUGCGCGUGCUCGAAUGUGGGCAAGAACUACCUUUCGAAGUCGAAGAAUUGCUAUUAGUUUGAGCGGGGUGGAGGGAUGGGUGGGAAUGGGAUGGGAUGGGGAUGGGAUGGGAUAUCGGGACACCCUCCCCCCCUGGUGGUUUUUUAAGCAAUAUAAUAUACGUACAUACCUAUGUAUAAAAAAGUUACUACCUACACAUUGUUGUGCUUCCUCUCCUCUCUCUUUGACUUGAUAGUAAGUGAUACGUUAGGUGUGUAUGGAUGGAUGGUGGAUACAUCAUAGUUUCCUACCUAUGUACAUAGGCAAGUGUACUAGGUAGUGACUAUGAAACCGUCAUAAUGUGUGCUGUGCCCCUUUUCAUAGGAAAGCUAGACAAGAUACCCAGUUAGGUACCUAGGCACCUGGGGUAAGUAAAGCAUAGUAGUUGUUGUGGUUUUUUGGUGGUGUUUGUUUUUAGGCUCGUACUACUUAGUUCAACCUGGGUUUUCUGCUGCAUCUCACACAUCUCAUAGAUACAUACCUAGGAUGACAAGAUUAAACUUGGAUGGCUAAAAACGAACAGAUGACGAUAUGUACAUUGUAGGUAGGUAUGUAUGUACGGAGUAAAAC